AUGGUCAAGACAUAUGAGGAGGCGGAAUGCCCAGGAGACACUGUGCCGUUCCUCGUCGAUAGGUUGCAGUUCAAGUACCAAGCACAGCUCCCAGGCUCAUCAGAAGGCACCUACAACUUUCGCGUCCACCACACACCCCGCCCCCAUGCGUACCGCAUCCUCCGUGUCCGCGCCGGUCUGCCACAGGACACGUUGAGGUUUGGCGCCAAACCUUCCACCGAACCUGGGCUUGUCUACUGUUGCACGAUAACUUUCACACCCUGCAGCAGCAUCCUUUCCUGGGAUUUAUUCCCAGUUGUCAAGCCCAAUAACAGCUGUUUUGGCAGUGUUCCCCAUAUGGUUAACACCGACAGUACCAUUGUCAACCCAAUGGCAAUCGUCGACGUCUCUUCCAUCAAAGAGAUCGAUCAUGGCUCAGAUACCGCAGCUCUUCAGCCCAGCCCUAGCAAGGCCGACAGUGUUCCCCUUAAGGCCAACGCCGACAGCACCAUUACAAGCCCAAAGGCAGCCGUCGACGUGUCUUCCUUCGUCUCGGGAUCAUACCGCAAGGGCAAGGAAAGAGAAACAAACAUCAACGUGCACCCCACCCAAGCUUCGCCUACCAUGACAUGCUACGAGAUCGCCGAGUUGCAUGUCGAUCCGAAACAUGGGGGCAAAGGGCUGAUGGAUGUGAUUCUCCGGUACUUACUGGAUGUCAUUUCACUGCAUGAGGCGCAGCGUCCAGGGGAGAGCAAGAGCGGUUGGGAACGGGAGCGGGAGCCGACAGUUGUGGUUAUGGCCAAGGACGACGACGCCGAUAAGAAGUUUUAUGCCUCGUACGGGUUUGUGGAGAGUGAUGAGGCCUUGGAGGUGAAUGACAAGGCCAUUGAGGGUCAGUUUUUGAGGAUGGUUUUGAAGGAGGGUGUGAUCAGAGCGCUGGCUGAGGACAAGCGAGGAGAUAAGCAGCCGGAGGAGAUCUUGAAGGAGGAGAUCCUGAAGCAGAAGAUCUGGAAGGAUGAGAUUCUGAAGCAGGAAAUCUUGAAGGAGGAGAUCCUGAAGCUGGAGAUCUUGAAGAAGCAGAUCUUGAAGCAGGAGAUCUUGAAGGAGUCUCUGUCUCUCUUGGAAGAUAUUCCGGGAAAUGAACAGCCGGAGGAGAUUGUGCAGUAUAUGCUCCUCUCUGGUGACCAUCCUACAGGCGAGUGGAUAGGGGUGCGAACAAAGCUGUUUGUGAUUUGACGGGUUGUUGGUGAGAAACCGCGGCACUUGAAGAGUCGGAAUUCACAAAAUGAGAUAGAAGACGGCUUAAGACUGUCACCAUUCCAGCUGCCCUUUCCAUAUGACUUUGGCUAUGCUUCCUUCCCCUUCCCCUUCGCACCUUCCAGCACGUGCAUCGAACACAAAGAAGAUGCAAAAGAGAUGCAAAAGAGAUGCAAAAAGAAGGAAGGAACUGGCCGAGCCCGGAUUCGAACCGGGGACCUUUCCGGCCAUUACGCGGCUGGGUCUGAGCUUUCUAGGGGUCGGUAGCGGUUCCAGCGGGCAGGAACCAGCUACAGCCACUGUAGCAUAGGGCUUGACAAGAUACUACAGGGCACUCCCCAGCUAUCAAUCUCCCUGUGCGCAACGGGACGCGCGGAACGUGUACACCACUGGCUGGCCAGACCAGCGCACCACACCGCUCGACCACAGUCCCUCAAG